AUGGUCGGGACCGCCACCGCCGGAGGAAGUUCGUCUUCUGAAGAUGGUGCAGCGAGCGUGACUCCCAGUGAGAGUGUGCUGCGCUGCUACAUCUGCCUGGGCACGUUUGUCUGCCUCUCCACGCUGAGCUGCGGACACUCAUUCUGCGUCCGGUGCCUGGAGGCCGCCUGGGAGACAGCGAGCAGCUUCAGCUUCCCGCAGUGCCGUGCAACCUUCCCUGUGCGACCCCAGGACAAAAUCCCGGUCUGCCCAGUCUGCCCCGUCACAGGAGACCACUCCGGACACAGAGUCAUCACAGUGGAAAAAGCGCAACAGACAAGACAGGAGGAGCUCAGAGUCAAGAAAGAGGGGAGAGACGAGAAGAGGAACACGGCGGCGACAUGGACACAGACACUCAGGGAUGACUACCGGCGCGUGGAGGAGUCUGUGCGUGGGAUCAAGGCACAGAUCAGCCGAGAGUUUGAGCGCCGCAGGGAGCAGCUUACGGAGGAGGAGAGGGAGGCGCUUGAGCGCGUGGAUGAGGAGGGCUGCUCCGUACUGUCACGCAUCCAGGCGGACAUCGCUUGCUACGAGAGCAGAGCACGCGGCCUGGAGCAGGAGAUCAACCAGCUGCUCGCCGCCCUCGCCGUGCAGGACCCACUCUCCUUCCUGCAGGAUCCCCUGCAUGAGAAUCUCUGGAGGAGCUCAGUCUCCCAGGAGACUCAGGAUGACCCAGCCCCCGUCUCCCAUGGUCUGAACCUCACAAAAGUCAUCUUAGUGGGCGGCGUCCAAACUAAACUUCUGUCUUUUCUCGGGCAGCAGCACCUGAGGUCUGCGGAGCAGCCGGCUACACCUCCGGUUUCGGUUCCAAUUGGGGAAGGACAUCCAUCGUCCGGCCCUUCUUCUCCGGUCAGACAGCCUUCUCCUUCUCUGCUUCGGGAGGGGCCGUGCUCCUCAGGCCAGCUUUGUCCCGCUCCGGAACCUCCUGCGGAGGCCUCCCCCAACCCGUCUGGGGGCCCGGCGACAAAGACACGCUCAAAUCCUGACCAUGCCAAGGAAUUUGGAGGAAAGUUUGGAGUCCAGACUGACAGGCUGGAUACGUCAGUGGCCUCCUUCCAGGACAUGGAGGGACCAAACACCAACUACCAGAAGACCAGACCCGUGGAAGCAGCGAGCUCCGGUGCCCGUAACAUCCGUGCCAAGUUUGAGAACCUUGUCAAGGCCAAGGAGGAGGAGGACCAGAGACGAAUGCAGGAGGAACGGGAGAGACGCCGGGUCAAGGAUUGCGAGGAGAGGGAGCGAGUUGCCCGGCAGCAGCAGGAUGCUAUAAAGGACGAAGAGCCGGCAGUUCCUGCGGAGGUGAGCGAGGCUGCGGGUUUAUAUGCGCCUCACGGCAGCGUGCACGAGAUGCGUGACAGCUACGAUCUGGAACCACCAGAUCCAGCUUACGAGCCAGAACCUGCUUAUGAGCCAGAACCUGCUUACGAACAGGAUCCUGCCGACAACACUGUGCAGGAGAUGCAGUUGCAUCAGCAGGAGGAAGGUGCGACAGCUGUUGCCCUCUAUGACUACCAAGCAGCCGGCGACGAUGAGAUCUCCUUCGACCCGGACGACAUCAUCACCAACAUCGAGUGUCUGGACGAGGGCUGGUGGCGUGGCGAGUGCAACGGUCAAGUCGGGAUGUUCCCGGCGAACUACGUCGUGCUGCGGCAGUGAUUCCCGGGGGGCGAUGUCGUCCUCUUUUCCACUCACCAAACCUGAGCCGCGUUGGGGUUCUCCUGAGCCAGCCUUGCACCGCUCAGGAGACACCGGGUGGUUUAUCAACUGCAGAGCCCGAGCCGUCUAGAUGACACGGUGACGCUAAACUAAAACUAAACUAAAUCUUGACUUAAAGCUUUCGUGACUGCAGGAAUUCAUAUUAUUUUGGUCUUUCGGUAAAGUCGCGUAGAUAGGUAUUUUUUUUUACAAAAAACUACGACGGUUCGAUCGCAACACAUCAGAUGGAGAAAAAAUCAUUUUUAACCCAGAGAAUAUGAACUAAACUAUUUUUAUUUCAGCAGGUAAGGCCCACUAAACUAUAUAGCUAUUUGUCAGAAUCGACCUGGCAGCAAAUGAUAGCCCAACAAAGUGGCUUAUCACGUGGAUAUUUCCAGCAGCCAAAUACUCUAGAAUGCAUAUGUCUCAAUGUGGAGACAAAAACCAGAGGAUCCGGAGAAAAAUCUACACGAGCACGGGGAGAACAUACAAACUCCAAAUAUACAUGUGUCAGGGUCGGGACUGAACCCACGACCGCUAGUACACCGGGCGAGGAAGUAAACAUGUCGUCACCGUGGCACCGGUGUGCUGACUUCACGGUGUGUUGACUGACAUCACAUCUGGAUCUGGCCGCAAUCCAGAUCCAGAUGUGAGGUAUCUCGAUUUUGGUUAUGGCUAGGCACGGCAAAUAGCUGAUGGAAAACCACCUGUACUCCGAGCCCCCCCCCCCCCCCCACACUGGCUCGGCUCGGAUGUGGCAGUGAAAAAAAGGUCAAAUUAAAGGCAAUAAAUCAUAUUGGUGGGAGGGUGGUGGGGGAGGAUAUUAAAAUACGAUUUUUUAGUGGUGAAAGCAACAUACCAGUGUGUUUGAAGAGUUUAGUUUAUAAUUCAUGUACAUUAUUACCUGCCAUGACAUCGGAUUAUAACUUGGAAAUUCAUAAAGGUGAUGGGAACAGAGGCUGAAAAGUGUGCAGCGAAUGUCAGGAAGAGGUGUAUAGUCCUGUAAUGCUUUGGCAAACAUUGAUCAAUAGCGUUUUUAAGCAAGGUGUUCUCGGAGGGAUUUUCUGGAAAUUUGCUGGAAAUAUUAACAACUUGAUAAAGAUCUACUGUACAUAGUAUAUACUUAUUUUGCAAACAAAUUCGGGCUCUAUCACUUAUCCACCAUGAUGAUAACUGGAAGUCACUUUUUAAAAAAUGUGUUAUGGCUCUUUCCAAAUUGUGCUUCUAUUUUUGUGAAAGAAAUAAACAAAUUUACCCCAAAUUAAGCAUUUCGGUGAAUCUUAACCUUUUUAUUUUCAAUAUUGUUGUAUUGGUAAUGCAAUUAAAAUUCACGAUGUUUUUUCCAAUACAGAAGUCAGGUGAAUGCACACACAGUACGUUGGUUACCGCCAAAACACAGAUCGUAAUUUUAUGGAAAUGAUAAUAAUGGCUGCGCAAAGUUGCACUGAACAUCAAAACCUUAUCUAUACCUGUGUCUACUGUGACUGUCCUCACACGUUCAUUACAUUACCAGGUGCAGAGUUACAUCUGCAUUAAAUGUAAUCAUACACCUUAUUUGUAAAAACAAAACUUGUGAGACUGCAUUGGCAGUGGUGCACAAAUAACAAACUCUGCACAUUCGUCAAUCUCACUGCCCUGAAAGGAAAAGUAAAGGGGAAGUUUAGAGCAAAAACCUUUUUCAGUCAUUGUGUCACAUAGGGAAUAAGGAGUCUCACGCCAACACGACGAAAACGUUCAGCAACAGAGAGUCAACAACAAAGGGUCGAAGGGUCGGUGAGCGAUGGAUGCGCGAGUAGGAGAACAGUUUAAUCUCUGGACGUGCAGGUACAUGCACAGGUAUUGCAAGUGAACUCCCUGGUACAGGAUUGUGUAGCCUUUGUUACUUUUGUGUCGACACCUCUUCCCUUGCAGGUCGCUGAUGUGAGCUUCUUCCAAGCUUUCACUGUAUUGCUGAAGAUGUGCCAUCCUUUGUCUCCGUUUUUUGCUACAGAGAUGGAGCAAUCAAUUAUUAUAUUAUAGCUAUGUUUAUUGUAGCUAUACUUAUUUCACACCGUACACAGACAACCGUGCUAAUCGGAGGUGCGGGAGACCACAAAAGAUGUCUACAGUUUGAAAAGACCUUCAUGCAGCAGUGGAUAGAUCACGGCUGGUGAUGUUGAGUGUGGAAAGCCACUGCCCAGUAAACUUGAGCAACCAU